AUGUCCCCCUCACUCCGAGCUCGUGCAGCCGCGCCUGCGCCCUCCCACAGUCUUCUCCAGUCAGCCGGUCGCGUAGCCAUUGUGCCUCCCGCAACACGCGAGCUCCGCGCACGCACAUCUCCGCCGGGGCUUCCCGUGCGUCGCGCCCGCGUCUUCCCUGCCCUCGCACACCAGCGCCGUACCCCAGCGCAGCGACCCCGCCGACGGCAGAACGCGUGCGUUUCGCACGCGCGCGAUGCGGACACCCCCUGGCAGCGCAUGCGCAGGGCCGGGGGCGCUCCCGGGAGAAAGAUUCUCGAUGCCCAGCACGGUGUCCGCGCGCCCUGCCGCUGGACACCGCAACCGCGCGUUGCCCGCACCGCGAUGACCGCUGGCCCGGGCUCUGCGUCUCCGGACGUCCACGCACGGCCCCGGGAGGCGGGGGCGCCACAGCAGUCUCCUUUGCACGCAUCUCCGGUCGCGAGCGAGACUACCGCACGGCGCAGUGUGCACGGUAGAGGACGCGCAUUCCGCACGUCGCGCGGGCGCGGUGUGAGGCUUGCGUCGCCGCGGCGUCUUCCACCAUCGGACCAGACCAGACGUGCACCCGCGCACGGAGACCCGCGGACGGACGCACCGCCUAGAUCUAGCGGCCGCAACGCCCCCGCAUCGUCCGCCACCCUUAUUGCUUCGGUAGCGUCGCACGCAGCGUCCCCGCACCAUCAAUGCCGUACCCGCGCAUUUUCAUAUUCGCGCCGUUCGCGUGCCUGCCACCAUGGUUCACGUCACCCCGCGCUGCGUGAUCGGCGCCUUGGCUUUUCACGUAUGCGCCCGACACGCCGUCCCUCCUUGCGACGCACGCCGACCUGCCGUCGUCUCGCCAUGUCCUCUCGCGAGCUCGCUCUUCCCGCGCUCUAG